AUGUUGUCUGAAAACAAUCUCAACACUGAGCCAAUUAUCAUUGAAAGUGACGAAGAAGAUGAAGUACUAAAUCAAUCACCCAAAUCAAAAGACAAGAAAAACAAAUCAAUAGUCAUUGAAAGUAGCAAAGAGGAUGAGCACCCUGUUCCCUCGUCUAAAAACAAACAAAAUCCUACACUCACCAAACCCAAAGCUAGCAAGCAAACAGAUCUGCUUGCUUUGUGUCCUUUAUCAACACCGGAUGUGCCCUGUGAUCGAUGCAAGGUGGAGAAGAUUGGAGGUGACAAAGUUUUCCGUUGUCAUUGCGGUGGAAAGUCUAAGACUUUGAAACAAGGCCGUACAGCAAAGGCUGUGGAGCAUUGGAAAACGGGUUAG